AUGGUGCAUCAAUUUAUACCUAAGUGGGUUAGGCCACCGACUGGUGGCUGGUACCAUACGCCAAAAAAUCACACUGUUAACGCAGCAAUUGCUUUCUCAGCUUACGGUGUGAUUAUGUAUUACCUGUACCUCAAGGGUGAGGAAAACACGUAUGAUCCACAAAAGGUAUACUCCAUGGAACACGUUAAAAGAUGGGAAAAUGCAGUCGCAAAACAAGUUAAGUGA